UAAAGCUUAAGAAUUUAAAAGAAACAUUUAUAGUUGUCAUCAUCCAUUUGUUUUGUUGAUUAUCAUCGAGAAUAAUUUUGACUGUUAAUUUUUUGUGCUUCAUAACUUCUAGCUAGUAACGAAUGAUUGGUUUCAUGGCUAGUUUUAUAUCCACCUUUGUUGCUUUAAUUUGUGCAUGUUUUUGCUUCUUGUCCAUUAUAUUUCACAGGGGAAAAAAAGUGUUAUAGGACUGUCUUUGAAGUUGCCUAAAGCUAAUGCAAAAUGUUUUAGUACUAAAGCAUUUGAAAAGAUGAAGAGUCUCAGAUUGCUUCAACUUGCCGAAGUAAAACUUGAUGGGGAUUUUGAAUAUGUUUCAAGAGAUUUGAGACUGCUGUCGUGGAAUGGAUUAAGUCAUAUACCUACAAACUUCUAUGGAGAAAAUUUAAUUUCCAUUGAGUUAGAGAACAUCAAUGUUGAACUUUGCACUAAUAGGAUGGAGAAGCUGAAAAUUCUCAAUCUUAGUCAUUCCCAUUAUCUCACACGAAGCCCUGACUUUUCGAACAUGCCUAAUCUUGAAAAGCUAGUGCUCAAAGAUUGUCCAAGGCUAUCUGAGGUUUCACCUAGCAUUGGAAAUCUCAAUAAAAUUGCUUUGAUAAAUUUUGAAGGUUGUAUUAGCUUAUGUAGCCUCCCACGAAGCAUCUAUAAGUUGAAAUCUCUAAAAACUUUCAUUCUUUUUGGGUGUUCAAUGAUUGACAAGUUGGAAGAGGACUUAGAACAGAUGACAUCUUUAACCACUCUGAUAGCUAAUAACACCGCAAUAACAAGAGUGCCCUUUUCAGUAGUAAGGUCGAAAAGCAUUGGAUAUAUUGCUUUGUGCGGUUAUGAGGGACUUUCAAGCGAUGUGUUUCCAUUAAUAAUUUUGUCAUGGAUGUCAGCAACAAAUAAUCUCCCAUUUCCAUUUCAAAUUUCUUCUUCUGAAAUGUCAUCUCUUGUUUCUUUAGAUGUACCGAGUAAUAGAAUACAUGAACUUUCAUCUUUUUUGUACCGACUUCCAUGGCUUCAAAGUCUUUGGGUGGAUUGCAACUCCGAAGAUCAACUUUCUCUUGAUUCAACAAUGAUUUUGGAUGCUUUAUAUGCUAUGAAUUCUAAUGCAUUGGAAUCAAUUGACACUACAUCACAGGAAUCAAAUACGACUACUUCCAUUAAUUCAAAUGGGAAUGAAUUUCCAAGUCACCGAUAUUCUCAAAGAUAUUUUGCAGGUUUGACAUCCCCCUCUUUUAUGUCUGUAUGUAUCACCUCUUAGAUUUGAAUUAUUUUAGUGUAUACAAUCAUUUGCUAUAGGGGUAAGUAAAAUAUAUAAAAAUAAAAAUUCAAAUCCUGAACAUAUUUAUUAUUAAAUUGUCUUCCAAAUUCUCACAAAUUUUGUUAUCAGUCAUUGUUAUUAUUAGUAUCUUCCAUCACUGAUAGUCUGUUUUAUGAAUCCAAGCAAAUAUUUAUUUGUAACAUCAAAAUAUGAUUAACUACCUUAUAAGGGAAGUUAUAUCUUCAAUUGUUGAAUAAAUGAUAAAGUGAUAUUUAUAUACUUGUCAAUAAAAUUUUGAGCAUACCUUACUUUUACAGAAUAUGGAUGUCAAUAGGAGUGGUGAUUGUUUGCUUCCUGGUGAUAGUUAUCCAGAUUGGUUGACCUUUAGUUCAGAAGGUUCUUCUGUAACUUUUGAUGUCCCUCAAGUUGAAGGGUGUAACUUGAAGUCAAUGAUGUGCAUUGUCUAUACUUCAACCCCUGGUAAACAUAGCUUUAGAAACGUGUUAGUGAAAAAUUACACAAAGGCCACCAUCCAACUCUAUAAUAGUGAUGCAUUUUCCUACUUUGAAAAUGAGUGGCAGAGGGUAAUAUCAAGUAUCGAACCAGGUAACAAAGUGGAGGUCAUAUUUGUUUUUGAAAACAGUUUCAUUGUGAAGAAGACAGCAAUUUAUCUGGUAUAUGAUGCACAAGAUUUGAAUCUCAUUGCUUGUAGAAGUGAUGAAAGUGAAUGCUCCGAAGAAGAACCCACUACUUAUGACUUCACUCAGAACAGAAAGAAGAAAAACCGAGUGGAAUGAAUCAAUGAAAAAUGGCAAGACAAUGGUUGGGCAAAAACCAAUUCUUAUGGUGCCUAUGUGUAUAGGCAACAAGUUGUAUCUCUUUUUUGGCUGAAGUUUCUAGAUUGUAUCAAUGCUAAGUUUUUGUAAUACUCUAGAGAUGUUAAUUGAAGUUACAAACCUCCUAUUUUAUAUCUAGUUUUUGGCAUGUGACUCUAAUUCUGUUAGUACUCAGUUUUGAAUUAUUAUCGAAACA